GUCACCAUUAAAGCGAUCAUCACUGUUACUUGGUUGCUUCUGGAAGUACUCUAACCACAUUAACGGUGAUUUAUCUCUGAUACUUAGGCCACGGUUUAAUAAGAAGCUCAUAUCAUCGAUACUGAGACUUCUGGGUGGCGUUUCGCUGCUCGUUUGGAUCGGGAUGAGCUCCAACUGUGAGGUGUGAUCAUUGUCUCAAAGCCUGUGUGUGUGUGUGUACACUGUGGGGUAGCAAAAGUAGGAUGAGCUGCCCCAGAGCCGUCACUGUCUGCAGGGACUGACACACAACACUGCAAACACGGCAGUCGAUGCAGUCUUCCAGAGGCUCUCCCUCCGCGUGGCUGAGAAACCAGCAGCAGCAGCAUGUCCCGCAUCUCCUCCACCGCCAAGCGCUACGCUGGCCCCUCCUACACCAGCCACUACAGCUCCUACAGCUCCCUGAGCCCGGGCCUUAGCUCCUACGGCGAGCGGGACAGGGUGUCCUCCUACAAGUCCCCCACCUCCUCCUCCUCCAUCUCUUCCUCAGGUUACUCCUCCUCCAGCUACCAGAACAGCUCUGCCCUCCGCAGCCGCAACUACAGCACCUCCACGGACCCCGACCCUGACCGGGGGCGCACCAUCCCGCGCGCAGACAUCCUGGGAAGCAGCAGUGGCAGCAGCAGCAGCAGCAUCAGCAGCAGACGGAGCAAGAGCCUCAGCAGGACCCCCAUCAAGAGCUACAGCGGGUCGGGGUUGAGCGGGGGAUCGACCUACACUAGCCCCAGUUCCUACUCUUCGUCCUCAGCCAAGAUCAGCUACCUCUACAGUCCACCGGUGGCCUCGAGCAUCUCGCUAAGCCGACGAAAAUCUGUAUCCCAGAGUGACUUGAGCAGGGACCUGGCUUCUCUGGGCCUCAGCGACACCUCCUCCUCUUCCUCCACCGCGUCCCCUUCCACCAGCGCCCUGCGAAGCUACCGCAGUCGAGCCAGCGAUGUGGCCAACUCGUACAGCUCCAGCUCCCGCCCUGGCUACUCGGGCCUGUUGAGGAGCUCUACUCAGGAGGCCCUCUCGCGGAGCUCCACCCAGGAGGCCUUUAGCAGCAGCAGCAGCAGCAGCAGCAGCAGAGCAUACGGCUCUUCGACAUGGGAGCCGAGCAGUAACAGGCUGUCCGACUCCCCCACCAGGGAUUCCAUGCACACUUACACGUCUCAUAAGGUGGCCAUGAUGUGCAGGACUAUGCAGGCCAGCAGCCUCAACUCUGAGCUCAGUAUCAAUGACCCCAAUGAGCUCCCGGAAUACAGGUCAGAAAGCAAAACUGACCCAGUUCCCGUCAGGAUUAGUCCCCAUGACUGCUUACAUGAAAGGAAGAGAGUGAAGGAGGAGGCAUAA